AUGUCUGCUGUUCUUGAUGAAAAGCUCUCUCCUGGCCAUGAUGACCUCCAGGCCGGCCCUGAGCGUGGCACCAAGCGCAACCGCAUGAGCGCCGACGAUGAGGACGACGACGAUGACAAGCCUGGUCGUGAGCGUCGCAAGAUUGAGAUCAAGUUCAUUCAGGAUAAGUCGCGUCGACACAUCACGUUCUCUAAGCGCAAGGCUGGUAUUAUGAAGAAGGCAUACGAGCUUUCUGUCCUCACCGGCACUCAGGUGCUUCUCCUGGUCGUCUCCGAAACCGGACUCGUUUACACUUUCACCACCCCGAAGCUUCAGCCUUUGGUCACCAAGGCCGAGGGCAAGAACCUCAUCCAGGCAUGUCUGAACGCCCCAGACCCCGCCGCUAGCGAGAAUGGCGUCGACGCCCCCGAUGUCGCCCCCGAGGCUCCCGAGGACGUGGCUCACAACAAUGUCAACGCUCCCCAGGGCAACAUGCGCCCCGGCAUGCACCCUGGUUACAUGACCAACGAGCAGCAGCAGCAGAUGGCCUACUACCAGAACCUCCAGCAGCAGCAACAGCAGGCUGGUGGCCAGUACCCCAUGCCCGUCGGAGGCCGCAUGCCCCCGCAGCACCAACCCACUGCUUAA